AUGGCCAGGAGUACUCGUGCAAUACUAAAGCACUACAGCAGUACUGUUGAAGAACCAAAGCACGAUGACUGCCCUGCCGGCGCCUCCUCCUGGUCUAGCUUCCAGAGGGACAUCGCCAAUGGCACCAACCUUCACAAGCCUAUCAAAAAUCCGCUCUCUGAUGCUGUUGUGGAGGUAAUGCAACCUCUUUUUGACCGUCUGGGAGAUGAAACCUUUGUAAUUGCUUGCGAGGGCUGCUACACACAAAAUAGAAAUGAGUGCUUACAUCAUGUCAUAUGGGGAAUGGCUUCUAAAGAAUUGUUCAGCUCUCCCCAAGAAGUCAGCUUGGCCAUAUGUCUUGAAGUGCUACAAUUCAACCAGGGUUUCAAUGCCACCUACAAAGAGCUUCUCCCACCCCUUGGCAUCCAGAUUCAACCACAAAUGGUUGAAACUUGGAGAAAGAUUGAUUCUGAUAGGAUCUACAAAUCUGAUUAUCGGAAUACUCCUGAAGUUCAGAAGCGGCGAAAGAUGAAGAGGAAGGAAAUGCUUAAAAAGCAGGAUGCUUUCAUCCAUGAGGAAGGUAUCAUGUACCAAUCACAGGCACCUCAUGGUGGAAAGAAAGGAAAUAAGACAAAGAAGAAAGCAAGCAAGACCAACAAGAAAGCCCCAAAGAGCACGAAUAAAGGCAAGGCUGUCAGUGGAGCAGAAAGAAAAAGAAAAAGAAAA